CAGGAAUUACAAUGUUUUGAUUGUGGCGACCAGUUUUUGGUUGAAAUAGUAAUUAGCAGAUAAUUUCUUUAUGGAAUGAAGUAAGACCUAUCAAUACUUCACACAUUUGAAAGAAAAUAAGAUAAACUAUCAGAGCUUAAGAUGCCUGCCUCCUAAUCUGGACCUCGAGCGAGUGAGCCAAGGUUGUUUUCUUCAUCAGUGAAAAUCUUUGAUCGACAGUAGAGCUGGAAGGGUUAAUAGUCACGUCAGUGUGCUUUUCAACCCAGCCUCUGAUGGAAGGUCUGCUCACUGCUGUAUCUCUUGAUGGCAGUGAUAGCGUGGAAAAUCCAUUCCUUCCAUAUACAGAAGAUGUCUUCAAUGAGCUUCUAGACGAAGUGACACUUGGGUUGUGUUUUGAAAUUCACCGAUCAUGUAAAAUAGGAACAUUUUUUUUAGAGGAUGUCGAUGAAGACUCCCAGAAAGAAUAUGAAAUAGUUCACAAAGAUGGUUUAGAUGUAUUUGGAAACCCUCCACAGAAGAAGCAGUUAGAGUGCAUCUGUCCCAACUGCGACCGCAAUUUAGCUGCGUCACGGUUCGCCCCGCAUCUAGAGAAAUGUCUUGGGAUGGGAAGAAACAGCAGUCGAAUAGCAAGCCGAAGAAUUGCUAACAAAGUAGAAAGUGAUAAUGAAGAUGAUGAAACAACCGACUUAUCAUACAAUCCAGACAGACGAAAUACAAAGAAGAAACGGGACAAACUGAGCAAUAACUCUCCACGUCUAAAAUCUAAGUUUUCAAAAAGUAACAGAAAUGGGGCUAGCGUUUCCAGCAGCAUAGAUGCGGGUGUCAUAGCAUAUAAAGGGUCAAUUUCAUAUCGGCUAGAAAAAAUGACGCUUGAAGAACGUAAGCAAUUACUCAUGUCAUCUUGCGGGGUCAUCUCAGAACACACAAAAAAAAUGUGUACAAAGUCGUUAAGGUGUCCCCAGCAUACCGACGACCAGAGGAAGGGAGUUCGUAAACAAUUACUUACACCGGAAUCGGAUGCAAGAGGAAGAUUUGAAGGAGCUGGAGUGGAAGGGGAUGAGAUUCAUGUUGACAUUGAUAGCUAUGAAGAUGGUGAUGGGCAGGCACUUCGAGACAACCUCAGCCGCUUACAGUACGGGAAUACAGGAUCAACGAACCCUUCACCUGCAGAUUCAACUUCUACAACACAUUCAAAUGAUGGUAGCACAAAGAAACGCAAAAAGUCAUCGAAAUUAACCCAACGAAAGAAAAGUAAAUCAAAAACUCCACUUCACAUAGAGAUUCCAUCACAACAAACAUAUGAAAUUCUGGACUGAGAAAGACUGCCGAAAAAGCCAGAGCAAUGGAUAACGAGAAAAAAAAUAUGAGUUGGUUUGAUAAAGCGCCCUCUACAAACCAGUAUGAUACGUAUGUACGAAAUGUAUCGUACAAAAAAUAUAAAUGCUAGAGGGAAAAAGUAAAAGUCACAGAGCGCCGCCUUUCAAUGCAGUGAUUUGGUUCGGGUCGGAAUUUGAUUUGGUGCGACAAUGCAUUAACAUUUUGUUGCAAGUGCAUCUGCUAAACAUUACUUUUAAAAAGACAUUACAAUGUUUAUCAGCAACGAAAAAUGUAAUGAUUCAAUCAUUCUAUGUCAAAAUGUCAGUUAAUGAAUUAAAAACAAACAUUUCAAGCAUAAUA